CGAUGAUAAGCUUCCUCGUCGUGUUGUCUGCUACGUUCGCCGUAGCCUGCUUUCAGGAUAAGUUCGUAUACUCCGACCAGGAAUCUCCCGUCAAGUUGACUUCGCAAUCUGUGAAAUUCCUCUUCUUCAAUUCCUCCGGAGUAGGAGAACCUCAUGCAGUCACUGACGUGAAAUAUCUGACGAACGAGGAUUACGACAAUCGAAAGAAGACAGUCGUUUUCAUCCAUGGAUUUGCAGAUUAUUAUCCUGGAUCUUUCAUGAUACCGUUGUUAGUACAGGCUUACUCUUCGCUAGGGAACAGGAACAUCGUAGCAGUCGAAUGGGGAGAUCUAGCGGCUGCUCCGUUCUACCUCUCGGCGGCCAAGAACACCUUUCCGGUCGGCAAGAUCCUCGCCAAGUUCUUCAACAGCAUGGUCAAGAGGAAGCACCACUCGAUGAAGAUGACGGAGAUCAUCGGGUUCAGCCUAGGAGCUCACGUCGCAGGGAUAGCUUCAUCGUUUCUAGUUUCCAAGCCGAAGAGGAUAGUAGGUCUGGAUCCUGCUGAGGUUCUGUUUGCGGAAUCGCCAUUAGAAUAUAUUUUGGACAAGGAAGACGCACCUCUUGUAGAAAUUAUUCAUACUUCGGGUGGCUUCUUAGGUUUCAAGAGACCACUUGGACACAGAGACUUCUAUCCUAAUGGAGGACUCUUUCCACAACCUGGUUGUCCUGGAGACAUAUCAGGACUUUGCUCACAUCGGAGAGCUUACCAAUAUUUUGCAGAAGCUGUGAAAAAUAGAGGAUGGGGUUUCAAAGCAACAAAAUGUGAUUCAAUGAAGAAUUACACAAGUGGAAAAUGUUCUGGAUGUCCUAAGCUCCUUAUGUCUAACAGUAACUAUAAUCCUGCUCUCAAUGGGACGUUUUUCCUUUUCACGAAUUCGCAACCACCAUUUGGACGCAAAUAGCGAAAUAUUUAAAACAAUUCCAAUGAAGUUUUUCCAUGAAAAAAUAAUUGUUUAUUCUUUUGACUGCAAUGUUUAUGUCAAAAGAGAAUGGUUUUUGUUAUUAUAUAACUAAUAAUUGAGGAGUUGUAAAUGUUUAAAAAGUGGAUAUCUGUACUUUGACCAGCAAAUAUGAAAGCAGUACUAAAAUAAAAACAUUUUCUAAAUAGAAUAAUAAAAUGGAAAGAUUGAUUUUGCAAGCAAACUGAUCACCAAAUGGUGGAAAAAUCAGUUAUGAUUGCCACUUUGUCAAAAACUCCUCAAUUAAUAAAAAGAAAUGGCAUUAAAACAAGCCGUAUUGAAUUAAACUUAUGAAAAAGAAUGGAGGCAGCCAAUAUAUUUGAGGAAUGGGAAAUUUUUUAUCUAUGCUUUCCUUUAAAUUAUUUUGUCCUCAGAAAAAUAAUUACAAAUGAGUAAUAUAACUGAAUGAUUGCUGAAUGUUCUACCAAUUCACUCAUAAGAUAUAUU